AUGAAGCUGUCAUCAUCACUCACUACCUAUGAAAUCAUCACCACUACUUUGCGUAGAAAUUCGCUUCUGUGUACCUGUCUAUCUCUGCUGAAAUUCGAUCGGCUCGAGUGGACAAGUGAGCUUCUCGAAGGAUAUCAUGCCUAUCUUCAUGCGAACUCGCCGGAAGACUGUCAAGUGACACUGGACAAUGUUAGGAAAGCAUACGACAUGUUCAUGCCAGUGGCCAUGGUUACUCUGCUGUUCAAAGUGGUCGCCAUGAAAGACAAGGAGGACAUCGAACCUAUAAUCGAUCGUGCAAAAGGACUUAUUCAAAAUGUGUACACUAUGACAAAGUUAUUGGAGAAAUAA